AUGCCUCCCAAUGUCGAGCAACAAGUAGUAACCCCUGCUUUCACCCGAAAUGCCUCAACAUCAGAAGGUUGUUCUGCCAUGCAAACAAGUGCAGUAUUCGAUGCUCUGGGGGUGUCAACACUGUCAGAAGGUAUGUGCAGGAAAGCUGACAAGGACGAGGAUUGA